AUAAAAUGACUGAUAAUACUUUCAAAAUUAAAGCAAUUGGAGAGAUCAAGAAGCUUAAGAGUACUGACUACUGUCAAGUUCUGAAUGAGAUGAAGAACAUCCAUGAUCCAGUGAUUAUAAGACUCCACAUUGACGCUGACAGCACAACAGUGGUAGAUUUCAACUACAAUGAUGAUAGUAAUGAAGGAAAGAAUCCAUAUGCUGGAGGAUUUUACGUAGUUGAGAUUCAUUUUGGAAAAUCUUACCCUGAGAAGACCCCAACUGUGUUGUUCAGGACUCCAAUCCUCCACGCUAACAUUUCUAAAACCGAUGGCUACAUUUGCUUGGAGGCUCUAAACAGAUGGAAGAGUUCCAGCAGUCUUGAGGAGAACAUUGUCAGACCUCUCAGAGACCUCCUGAUCACCCCGAAUUUCGAUGACAUGAUCGGUGGCAUCGACGAGAAGAUUGUCAGGGAUUAUGACACCAUCAGAGAAAAUGUUCUUGAGUAUGCCACUCUGGAAAGAACCGAUGAGCAUGUUGAGAGAUUGCUCAAGAGAAUCCAGGAUGAUAAAGAAAGAGCAGCAAGCAACAGCUAAACUCUCUUUUGCCAGUUUAGCAUUGGAUAAAAAUCUGCUGUUCAACCUUU